AUGCUUCAGCCCACUCUCCUCGCCGCAGCUACCGUCGCACUCGCCAACAUCGUUUCAGCCGACUCUUCCGCCUCGUCCUUCCCCGGUCUCUCAGGACUGCUCAACGCCGCCGAAGCGCAGGCUCACAAGUUCCUCGGCCUCAACGCUUGUCCAUCACCUGCUUUCGCACCUGCCAGUUGCGCGAAUGGGAAGCCGCCUGCGUUUCCGGGUCUUGAUCCUUGCUGCACGAACGUACCCGGAGGAUAUUUCCUUUCGACUCAGUUCUGGGACUCGAACCCGCCGACUGGUCCGAAUGACUCGUGGACACUUCACGGUCUCUGGCCCGACAAUUGCGAUGGCACCUUCGACCAAUUCUGCGACCCCGCGCGCCAGUACACCAACAUUCGCUCAAUCCUCGCUCAAAACGCGCCGAAGCAGUUGCUCGACUACAUGAAUGUGUACUGGAAGGACUACCAGGGGAAUGAUGAGAUCUUUUGGGCGCAUGAGUGGGACAAACAUGGAACGUGCAUCUCGACGCUCAACACGACGUGCUACGGCAAGCACUACAAGCAGUACGAAGAAGUCGUCGACUACUUUGAGCGCGCCGUCGAGCUCUUCCGCUCCCUCCCGACCUACGACUGGCUCGCAGCCGACGGCAUCGUACCCUCGACGAACCAGACCUACACUCUCGCUCAGCUCCAAGCGGUCGCGAAGAAACACCAUGGCUAUGAGGCGAUCUGGGGCUGCACGAAGCAGGGCGCUCUCGAUGAGGUCUGGUAUGGAUACAUUACGAAGGGUCCUGUCAAUGGCGGCAAGUUCAUCCCGACGAGCCCUGACGGUUCAAAGUCGUCCUGCCCGGACACCGGCAUUCACUACUACCCGAAGGGCUAUGUUCCGCCUGCGACGGGUGGCUCUACCGGCGGAAGCGGCAACAGCACCGGCGGCGCCUUCUUCAACGUCUUCGUCAACGGGACGCAAAACGGCUGCCUUAUCUCGAAGGGCACCUGGUACACGACCGGAACUUGCGCGACCUACCGCCUCACGCCAGCAGCGAGCGAUCUCGCUGCGGGCUUCACCAUGACAUCGUCGAAGGGACCUUGCGCCGUCUUGAACAAUACGCUCUCGUGCGCCACGGGCAACACUGCGAGCACUUUCACUCUCGACUCGGACAAGUACCUCUCGUACGCCGGCUCGAGCACCUUCUACGCUCAGGAAGUCGCGGCUGGCUCGGUGCAGGAAGCGGUUCUCACCACGAGCGCGCCUGUUAGCCUCAAGAUCCAGUACGCGCCUCAGUAG